GGAGGGAACUUGUUGAAACUACACUUGACUAAUUCAAAUCUUCCGAAAGUGCAAUUUCCCAUCCGCUGCUCGAAACCUCACUCGAUCCCGUUUCCCUUCCCUUCCCUUCACUUCCCUUGCGCUUCUGCUACAAAAAGCAAGUAGGACCCCACAUCACAAAUUGUGUUUGUCAACGCAGAAAAUUUAAGUUUCUGAACGUUUUAGACAACUCUAGACUACUGUUUCUUCCUAGAUAAGAAGACAGUUGGUCUUUGGGAGCCGGUUUGAAAUCUCCCCUUUCCACUGUUGCUUCUAACACUCACACUGUGUAGGGUACCUCACCAUGGCACUUGCGAUAUCACAAGAAAGCUUCGAUCAGGUAGUUCGCGAGAAUGUGGAAGACUUGGAUAUGGCAUUGGAGGAGGCUGCUGAAGAUGCUAUACAGCAAUUCAAAGCACAGGGUGUUGAUCUUGGAAACAUCAUUACAAACCCAAUCAUGAGGAAAGAAGCUGAAGAGGAACUUCGUAGCUGUCUUACACGCUUGGCAGAUAUUAAAAGCGGGGACCUCAAAGAACAUGAUUUUGAAUCCGAUCUUCAGAUUAUCAGGAAGUGGUGUGACAAAGGCAUCCAGUUUAGGCUUCUUGCAGGCAGUUUGGGAGCUUAUAGUAUUUUGAUCAACAUUCUCAACCAAUUCCUUGAUGUUGAUCAGAAAAAUCUACUAAUCUUAAAGACUCUUAAUUCACUUAUGACAGGCUAUCCUGAUCUGUUAGAUGAUGUCGGAGUUGAGUCAUUGAUAUCCAUUAUUUCAACUUCAAAAACUGUGGCCACUCUUGCAGCAGCAUUACAGUUCAUGCAAACAUGCUGCCUUAAACAUGAAAAAAACAGACAAAGAUUUGCAAACAAAGAAAUCCAUGACAUAAUCUCUUCUCUCUUGGCUCAUCCAAAUUGCUCUGAUUUUCUUGUUGAAAUUUGUGACGUGAUAAAAGCUCUAACUCUGGAUGACGAUAUUCGAGAGCAAAUAAGCAGGGCCCAUGAGCAUGCACGAUUAAUGGCCGUUAAAAACCUGUGCACUUUGUGUGAGUUAUUGGGCAAGCAUAAGAAUGAUACGGACAUUGUUCCCCACAUACUUGGAGCCUUAUCAGCAAUCGUUGUCCGAAAUGAAUUUUGUGAAAAAGUUGAUGAAGCUGGGGGUAUUAUUCAUAUAUUAGAUAUUCUAGCCUCCCAUCCUGAUAUAGAGAGAGUGAAUUCUCAGUGCUUACGAAUGAUAAAAGUUUUGGCAGGGAAUGACGACGUUAAGUCUCAUCUCAUGCACUCUGGAGCAUCACCCCUGUUGCUAGCAGCUAUGUCUCGUCACAAGGGAAGCAGUCUUAUUUCAUCAGCAGGCUGUAGCUGCAUUGCUGCUCUGGCACUGAGGAGUCCAGAAAACGCUCAGAUCUUAGUGGACAAUGGGGCUGCUGAUGCUCUAGUUGAUGCAUUAAAAAUUCAUAAAAAUGGCAAUAUUCAGAGAGUGGCUUGCCUUGCAAUCCGAAACCUGGUAUCCCGCAACAAACAACUUUGCAAAAUCUUCAUAUCCUUGGGUGUUGAAGAUUUACUGAAUUCAGUAGACAAAUCAGCCUGCUGGGAUGAAGCCAAAGCUGCUUUGAGAGAUUUGGGCUGUACCGUGAAGCUUGAUGAGCCAUUCACGGGGAAAGGCAUAAAACUCAAGAACUGAGAUACCUCUGUGAAAAAUGACUUGUGCAUCACAAUAUUUCACAUUUCCAGAAGGCAGAAUAUAAGGAAGAAGAAUAGUACCUAUUUACUUUUUUUUCACAUCUUUAUUUACAAAAUGUUGCCCCUAUUAACAAUGAAUGCAUUUUUUGUU